CGCAAAGUAUCCAUUUCGUAAAUGAUUGUGCCAUACGACAUGACCAAUCACCGUCUAGCAUUGAUCAUCCGCUCCUGCAUCGAGUGUCCGCAAUGAGGCUUCCUAGUGUCCUCUUCGGCUCGGCCGCGCGUCGUGGAGGUGCCACUCGCAGCAAUGCGCUGACUCGCCGGGAGAAGAGCACAUUAUCGUAUCGAGUGUUUGAGGACACAAGCGGCGGCAAAGAGCCGACCAAGACAGCGCUGGUGAUGCACGGUAUUCUGGGGAACAAGCUCAACUGGCGCACAUUCUCGCAAAAGUAAGACAGAGGAAUGUAAGGAAGACAGAGGAUUUUGCUGAUGCAUUUGUGCUGGUUCAGACUGACGAAGGCGAACCCAGACUGGCGUUUCAUCUGCUUGGACCUGCGUGGCCAUGGAGACUCGCCGUCGUUCUCAGAGCCGCACAAUCUGCAGGCAUGCGCCAACGAUGUCUUAAAACUGGCUGCUCAUUUGAAGGUGGAGCCGACGGCUGUGCUGGGACACUCGUUUGGUGGCAAGGUAGCGCUGACGUACCUGCAGCAGUGUAUGCAACACGACCGCGCUCCACCUAGCCAAGUCUGGGUCUUGGACUCGCUCCCAGGAACAGGUGCGACGGACUAUGCUAGUCGUGACCUCACCAACUCGAUUGAGACGAUUCUACCAGUCGUUAAGAAGAUUCCGUUGCCUAUUCGCUCCAAGGCGCAGCUUAUUAAGGAUCUGCAGAGCCAUGGCGUUGCGCUUGGUGAAGCGCAGUGGCUCACCACGAACCUUCGUUUAACCAGCAAAAGCCCGGAGCUCUACGAGUGGAAAAUGGAUGUCGAUGCCAUCGAACAGCUCUUCCGCUCUUUCCUUGCCUCGGAUCUUUGGCCAGUCGUGGAGAACCCACCUGCAACGGAGGGCAAGGACGUAGAGAUUCACUUUGUACACGCCUCGAAAAACAACAUGUGGACUCCUGACCUACUCGAUCGUCUCGAUGCUCAGCAGGAAAACCAGGUUUAUCAUCAUUUACUGGAAAAGUCUGGACACUGGGUACACAUCGACAACCCUGUUGGGCUCAUGAAGAUUAUCCAGACGUACAUGCUGCAAUAGAUUGCGAAACGGACACGGUACGACAAGUCGUGAUGAAAUACUACGGGAUGUUUUACCGUGAAUACAGGCAAUAUUACGAUAAUUGUCGACUCAUU